CUUCACCAUGGCAGAACAGCGGUUUGUUCUCUCUCGUUUGAAUGAAAUUCUAAACACAAUGGAAUUCCAAGAUGUAGUCACAGACCUCGAAGAAGCAGGACUCGAUGUAGACAGCAAAUCAUUACUCAUGUCAGACGCGUCAGACGCGUCAGACGACGACAAAAGAAAGCUCGUCGUUUCUCUCAUAGAAGAACGUCUAGAGCGAGAAGGAAACAAACUGAUGAUACUGUUGGAUAAUACGCUCGUGUACCUAGAGAGUAUAGCGGCAGUGGCCCGUCUGAGGAAGCACAGCUUGGCGAUUCCAACGGACCGACUGGUUCAACAUCUCAUAUCCGCAAAGGUCAUUGAUAUCGACGAGAAGGAGGAGGUUAUGUGCUUGCCGACGACGUCUGGUCGCGGAAACAAGCUGUUGGAGUUUGUUGAGUUAAAGGUCAGGGCGGGAAAUAGAGAUGCUGCUAGGGUUUUGUUUGGCGCCUUGAUUGACGUUCAUUGUGCUCAUCUUGCGAAAGUUAUGUUUCCAAAGGAGAAAUUUAAUGAUGUUGAUGAUCCAAGAGUAUACGAGGUCGUAACAGAAGAACACAAACAACUACUAAAUACAAGUCGCCGUCACAUAACAGAAAAAAUCGACGCCAAACUCGUCCUCCGGCAACUCUCCAAGUCCGACCCGGUCGACCAACAUUAUCGCGACAAAAUAUUAAACGAAAAAUCAACGAAGAUGGAUCAAGCAUCGAAUCUAUUGGACUUUGUCCAGUCAAUGUCGGAGUUUACCUUUCACUCGUUUGUGGCCGCUCUCUACGAGUGUCGGUAUUUUGAUCUUGUUGGACUGCUGGACGAGUCGUUUCGGAGAUCACACGAAGCGGUGGAAGAUGCGGAGGUAGACGCUCGUCUGGUGAGUGAGUGUGAGGUGGGGAGUGGUGGUGGAGAUGGUCAGCAGGCGACGUCGGAUGUGUGUCGUUUGAAUGGACGAGCGUAUAGGUCGGAAACGGUUGAGAACGACCGUCCGGUAGGAAGAGCACAUCCAAUUUCACGUUGUGAUAUCUCACAACAAUCUCAAGCCACAGCAACUAAUCCAGGAGCUCAUUUCCAAUCUCUCAGUGAACAUUCACAAUGUGAAGGGAUACGUCAAGUGACUAAAUUAUGUGUCACAACUUCGUCUACUCGUGAUGAACGGGCGCUUGUUGUGAAUGGUAGGGAGCACUACAGUGGUUUGGAUCGCAGUGUGAAUGUGCCACAACCUGUUGAUGAUGAGUUGGUGGAGGAUAUCGAACUGUUCAUGAGACAAACUGUGAGAUCAUUGCAAUGGACUUACAGAGUGUUGUGGGUCGUUUCUACACACGAUGACUAUAGAGCAGUGGUUGAGAUUCUGAAGAAGCAUUGUAAUGUGGUCAUACGAGAGAUGUCUCACUCGCUGAUGCAGGCUCUUCAGUGUGAUGUUAAGCUCGUGUUCAUUGAUCACGACAACAUCAGAAAGCUCGUCAUCCUAGCCACUCAGAAACAAGCCGAUCUCAGCCGCACUGCUGAGCUCUGCUCAACCUUCAUGCAGAAAUGCAGCUCGAUACACAUGGCAGUCAUGAGCGGCACGUGCUCAGGCUAUCCCCUCAAAACCGAGCUGGGGGACAUCAUAGUUGCCAGCUCUGCGUUCACUACUGAUCUUGGUGCAAUUGUGAUGGAAGAUAAAACGAGAAAUAAUGUUGAAAUUAGUGGCUGCCAUAAGCUGCAUUUGCAGGUGCUGCAAAAUCGGAUGUUUGAGGGCGGGUUUCUGUGGCAGCAAAAUGAUGUGUGUGUGGAUGGGAGGCCGCGUAAUACCAAGGAGUAUCUGCUGUUGUUUUUCAGUCGGGUGUUGAUCGAACUGAAGCGUAAAAAGAAUGUCAAGUGGUUGGAGUCAAUGAGAUUAAAAGCAGAUGAAAAUGCUUUGGAUGAUACCAAUGCGGAUGUUCUUGAACGUGUGUGUUCGAAUUGGGCAGAACAAUUAGCCCAAGAAGCGAAGGAAUGUGGUCAGUGGGUUGUUGACGAUAGCCCUGAUGCACCGUAUGGCUUGAAACCUUGUGAGGAAUUACGGAAGCACAUACUGGAUGAAUUGACGACAAAUCGCAAUUAUCCAGCAAAGACAAGAAACCAUCCUGAUUAUCACUGCAAACCGGUUCAUACGCAGGUGUGGGACAGACGUGAUGGAAAGCGAGUGUUUGAGGCAGCAAGGGAGAUCAAGCACGACUGUAUUGCCGUUGACAAUGAUGCAGCCACGUUUUAUAAGAUGGCAAGCGAACGGCUUGAAGGAAAGCCGUACUUUGUAGUGAAAGGGGUGGCAAACUUUGCCGACGGCAAGAUGAGAGACGAGGCGUUUGAGACAUACGCACGACAGAUCUCGGCCGUAUAUCUGCUCGACGUCAUCAGAAUGUUUGCCAAAGCCGAAAAGAAGAAUGAAGAGCAGACACGCAAUAGAAAACCCUACACAGAUUUAUAAAUUUUCUAGAACAGAAUGCAGUCUACUGUCGCUGCUGCCGAUACUUUCGUGAUCAUGGCAAUAUGUCUCAAUAAAUUAGUGAUUUACAUUGGU